GACUUUUUUUGAGAACUAAUACUUGCUGAUGUUUAUAUUUAAUAUAUUUCAGUUUAUAAUAACAGUAUAAUGGCUUCAUCGUCUUCAUUAGAAAAUUUAGAAACUCAAUUGGAAAUGUUUAUCGAAAACGUUCGUCAAAUUCAUAUUAUAGUUAGUGAUUUUCAACCACAAAGUCAAAAUGUUUUGAAUCAAAAACUACAAGCAUUGGUACACGGCCUUCAAGAAGUAGACAAAUUGAAAUCCCAAGUACAAGAUGUCCAUGUUCCUUUAGAAGUAUUUGAUUAUAUAGAUCAAGGACGCAAUCCUCAACUUUACACAAAAGACUGCAUAGAAAAAGCUUUAGCUAAAAAUGAACAGGUCAAAGGAAAAAUUGAUGCUUACAGAAAAUUCAAAGCUAAUAUGUUACUUGAACUUAGUAGAACAUUUCCCAAUGAGCUAAACAAAUAUAGAGCAUUAAGAGGAGAUGAAUAAUUUUUAAGAUAUGUAAAUAAGUAAAAAUUUAACGUAAUUAUUUAUUGUUUUAAUACAUAUUGAUAUAAAUCUUAACCAAUUUCAUUUUGAUUGUUUUAUGACGUGUUUUAUGAUUUAUAAAACACUAAAGUUUUAUAGACCUCAUUAAAGGACAUUAAGUAAUUGAAUGAUUACCUUAUUAUACAAAGCAUUCCAAUUAAAACUAAUUACUGAACAAAUCAAUUUUAUUUAAAAGCAUUUAUUAAGUUUCCUUUUCAUUACUACCCUUUACUACUACAUAUUGUUUGAUUUCUCUAUAAAAUGAAAUCCUAAAAAUGUGUAAUUCUUCUUACUAGUAUUAGUAAUAAUUAAUUAAUUACCUAAUUAUAAUUUAAUCAAAACUCAUUCUAGUUUUCUAAUAGAAUUCUUGAGGUUUACUUGAGACUAUUGGAAGUACCAGUUCUUUGGGGGCCUCAAUCCAACUAUGGGGGAGGUAAUAUACUCCCUAGGAGAAUCAACAAAAAAAUUUCACUACGAAAUCAUUUUAACUGUGUAGGGUAUUGAAACAAGAAAUAUCAUGGUAAAAUAAAAAUGAUUCCUGUUCUUUUUAUGUUUGUUCUAAAAUUAUCGUCUGUCUCGCCCAUUUUUCUAUGUGCUGUAUUCCACUAUUCUGUUUAAUUUCUGCAUCCUGACAUGUAGAAUUUUGCCUUGUAUACUUUUUAGUAUUUUCAUUUCGACUGUUAUCAUCUUUUAUAGUGUCCUACUCGUAUCUGGUCUUGUUUCUGCUGCUAUGUACUGAUAGCUCUUACUGUUGGUUUAUAUAUCUUGAUUUUACUUUCGGUAUUUAUUCCUCCAGAAAUUUGAGUCGUUUUUAUUGUUUGUUUUCUUACUUCUUAAAAAGAUUCUAAUGACUCGUUAUUUCUGCUCCCAGGUAUUUAAAAUUAUUCACUUGUAUGAUAAUUUUUUUGAAACUUACAUCAUAUUAGUUCUUUGGGUGUCACUCUAGGCAUUUGGUCUUCUUGGUGUCGAGAUGUUUUGCUUUAGUGUUAAAGCCGUUGGAGAUUAGGUUCAGUAUCUCCAGCAUAGCAGACGACAUGGAUUUUGUUAUCCAUUACGAAAUUAAAUAAGAAGGGACUUAGUGAGUCUCCUCAGCUGUUUCUUGUGUUUACAUUUCUAUAUUCUGUUGUAUGUCCUACUCUAAUUUUUGUUUUUCAUUAGGUAUUAAUAUUAUUAAUAAUUAUUCUAUGAUUCAGUCCCUUUUGUCUCAAUAUUUCUAAGACAUCAUUUAAUCUCACUGUGUCAAAAACCUUGGUCAUAUCGAAAAAGCACAUAUAUGCAGGUUUAUUGUAUUCUAGAGAUUCUUCGGAUAUUUGUUUGUUAAUAGUUCGAUGUGUACAAAAAGUAUUGAUGAGCGAAAGUGAGACGAAACGUCGAAAAAAAUAAUUGUGAGUAGUUCAGAAUCUAAGAUAUGGUGGAUUAUAAAAAAAUAUUCCAUAUAUUUUUUAUGAAUUGCUUUUUUUCAUAGUGUUUUAGUAAAAAAAUGUUUGUAAGUAUUUAAUUAUAUGUGUGAAAAAAAUAAUAUUACAUAUUCAAAUACUGGACAAGAGAAUAUCUGACUUUGGGUGAGUAUUCUGAAUUUCAAUCCAAAAUAUAUGUAUAAAUAUCUUAGGCUACUAAAUAUUUAAUAAUGUUUAGAGAGUAUCAAUAAAUAUUUCAUGUUUUUAGAUGAUAUAACUUAUAAAAAUGAAGCUUAAAUAAGAUUAAACAUGUUCUUAUUCUUCGCCUCAUACUUUUGAGACACUCUGUAUAUUUCUUUAUAUAAUCUGUCAAUAUAUUAAAUUAUUUUUCAAUGUCAGUGAUUAUUGUGGUAAUCACAGAAUAACUUUUUUAUUUAUAUGUACAAAAACUUAUUCAACUAUUAAUAAAUUAAGUAGAUCAAUAUCAA